AUGGCGCCCACUAUCCAGACCCAGGCCCAGCGCGAGGAUGGCCACAGGCCCAAUUCUCACCGGACUUUGCCUGAGAGGUCUGGAGUGGUCUGCCGAGUCAAGUACUGCAAUAGCCUCCCUGACAUCCCCUUCGACCCAAAGUUCAUCACCUAUCCCUUCGACCAGAACAGGUUUGUUCAGUACAAAGCAACUUCCCUGGAAAAACAGCACAAACAUGAUCUCUUGACUGAGCCAGACCUGGGAGUUACCAUUGACCUCAUCAACCCUGACACCUACCGCAUCGACCCCAAUGUACUCCUAGACCCAGCUGAUGAGAAGCUUCUGGAAGAGGAGAUUCAGGCCCCCACCAGUUCCAAGAGAUCCCAGCAGCAUGCGAAGGUGGUGCCGUGGAUGCGGAAGACAGAGUACAUCUCCACUGAAUUCAACCGUUAUGGCAUUUCCAAUGAGAAACCUGAGGUCAAGAUUGGGGUUUCUGUGAAGCAGCAAUUUACUGAGGAGGAAAUAUACAAAGACAGGGAUAGCCAGAUCACAGCUAUCGAGAAAACUUUUGAGGAUGCCCAGAAAUCUAUCUCCCAGCAUUAUAGCAAGCCCCGAGUGACACCAGUGGAGGUCAUGCCUGUCUUUCCAGAUUUUAAGAUGUGGAUCAACCCUUGCGCUCAGGUAAUUUUUGAUUCAGACCCCGCCCCCAAGGACACAAGUGGUGCAGCUGCAUUGGAGAUGAUGUCUCAGGCCAUGAUCAGGGGCAUGAUGGAUGAGGAAGGGAACCAGUUUGUGGCUUACUUUCUGCCUGUGGAGGAAACACUGAAGAAAAGAAAACGGGACCAGGAAGAGGAGAUGGAUUAUGCACCAGAUGAUGUGUAUGACUACAAGAUAGCUCGAGAGUACAACUGGAAUGUGAAGAACAAGGCUAGCAAAGGCUAUGAGGAAAACUACUUCUUUAUCUUCCGAGAGGGUGAUGGUGUUUACUACAAUGAAUUGGAGACCAGGGUUCGCCUGAGUAAGCGCCGAGCCAAGGCUGGGGUUCAGUCAGGUACCAACGCCCUGCUUGUGGUCAAACACCGAGACAUGAAUGAGAAGGAAUUAGAAGCCCAGGAGGCACGGAAGGCUCAGCUGGAGAACCAUGAACCCGAAGAGGAAGAGGAGGAGGAAAUGGAGACAGAAGAGAAAGAAGCUGGGGGCUCAGAUGAGGAACGAGAGAAGGGCAGCAGCAGUGAGAAGGAAGGCAGUGAGGAUGAGCGCUCUGGCAGUGAGAGUGAACGGGAGGAGGGUGACAGGGACGAGGCGAGUGACAAGAGUGGCAGCGGCGAGGAUGAAAGCAGUGAGGAUGAGGCCCGGGCCGCCAGAGACAAAGAGGAGAUCUUCGGCAGUGAUGCUGAUUCGGAGGAUGACGCCGACUCUGAUGAUGAGGACAGAGGACGGGUUCGUGGCAGUGACAAUGACUCAGACAGUGGCAGUGAUGGGGGUGGCCAGCGGAGCCACAGCCGGAGCCGGAGCGCCAGUCCCUUCCCCAGUGGCAGCGAGCAUUCUGCUCAGGAGGAUGGCAGUGAAGCUGCAGCUUCUGAUUCCAGUGAAGCUGACAGUGACAGUGACUGA